CGCGCGCGCGGCCGGGGAAUGAGGGCAGAGGGGCCGGGCCGCCAGCCGGCGGUUGGCCGCGCCAGGUGCUUGCUGGGCCACAGGCUGCCGGCGCCUCCUCUCACUGCCCGCCGUUUGCUCGGCCUCGAGAAAGCAAUAGGGGAGGCGGAAUCACGGACGGGUCCGGCUAGGCUGACUGUGAGUACGGGAGCCUCGGGAAGCGGCGGCCUCGGGAAGCAGCGGCGCAGGCGCAGGCGCAGGCGCAGGCCGGCCUCCCUCGGCAGGCCGCUCCCGAAUCCGCCGCUCAGAUCCGUCUCGGUAGGCUAACUAACUAGUAGCGGCGCAGGCGCAGACCGGCCUCGGUUGACAGGCGGCGGCGCAGGCGCAGGCGCAGACCGUCCCCGCUCGGCGAGCCCCGGCCGAGCACCUGUGCCUCCACUCUUGCGAUGGAGGAGGAGGAGGAGGAGGAGAGCGAGUAUUGGCUGCCGCCGGACGCCCUGGAGCAGCCCCCGGAGCCGUCGCUCGACUAUUUGCCGAUGAGCAACAUGUUGUCCCGGACGGUGCCCUCCCAGCGCCCGAUCCCACCCCGCUCCCAGUUACAGUCAGAGAACCAGCCCUCGUCCCGGGCCGGGCCGUCUCCCGAGAACUCGCCCACCCCCCCGACGGAAGCGCUGGAGGGCCCGGGCUCCUCCCGCAUCGAGAUGGAGAGCCUGUCCCCGGAGCCCGCCGAGGCCGGCGUGGUGACCGACUUCAACGUGGUGGCCACCUUGUCGCAGUGGGCCGACGACAACCUCUGCCUCAUCCGGAACGUCAGUACCGGAAUGGCAGUAGUGGGGCUCAUGUUAUUCGCAAGAAGUAUUAAAUUGACAACUAAAUUUAUAAAUGCUUCAGAUAUUCCAGUAGAAUUUAUAAAAAAUAACGUUAGAUUACGAGGACGACUACGCCGGAUAACUAAAAUGGGGCUGGAAUUGGAACAUAUCCCCAUUACUAUCCCUCUAAUUUCACCAUGGAGAAGGCAGCCAUAUGGAGUUUUGCUUGUAAAGAUAGCUGGAGUAGACCUCACCGAGGAUGGUCACCUAUGGUUGAAAAAGGAGAUAAAACCUUUCGAAACAUUGUGGUUCCAGCUGCUGGCAAGGGACAAUUCAUCACUUCUUUGCUACCUGUUAAUGAAUAGGGGUCUGUAUUUCAAUGUGAGUUUGAACGAAGAGAUUUUGAGAAGAGGGCUCGGCAGAACUGUUCUUAUCAAACAGCUAGAUCAUAACUCUAGGAUAUAUUGGACAGUUCACAAAAGACUACUGAGAGCAGAGCUAAAAGCCAUAAGAAGAGGAGAAGGAAUUUGGAAAGAAGACACUGAGAAACAGAAUUAUAUAGCCAAAUUUAAAGGUUCAUGGAGAGAAAUAUGGAGCAGAGACAAUCCUUUCCAUAGAAGAAUAUUAUGGGAGUUAAACAAGCAAAAAUCCCAAUUUCAAGUAUUAAAGAGCCAAUAUAAAAAAUAUAAAGAGAGACUAACUAAUUCCAAUUUUAUGUUAAAGGUCAGAGAGUUUCUGAAUCAUGCGAAACAUGGUAAAAAAUGGUGAAAUAUUGGAAGAUUUCUAGAGAUCACAUGACUGGAAAAUAACCUGAGAACCUGUGAAGUUAUAUAUGUUUCUUUGAGAAAUAUUGAUGAGAAGGCCCCAAACGAUCAGAGUUUUAGACUUUACAAGAAGUCUAAUGGGAUUUGAAUGUUCAAAAAAAGAGAUAACUUUUGUAUAUUUUAGAUUGGAAUUUAAACAGAUUGUGGUGAGUAUGCUUUUUAUGUGCUUUCAUGGAAAUAAAAAAUAUUGUGUAAUUACCAAGUU